CUGAGCUCCCGGCUCAGUCAGUCCCCAGCCGCCGCGCUGUUGCCGUUCUGGGGUGCCGCGCCCGCGGGCCGGACUGGGAGGUAGAGGAGAGCCUGAGUCGGUGGCCGAGAACCAUGAGCUCCCGCAGCGCCGCGGCGCACUGUGUGAUAGUUCUUCGAGUAUUCCAUGGUGCUCCCUCCUGUGAUCUUUGCUGUGCAGCUCCCAUUUAAUCCUUUCUGCCUACUGCCAUCAGAACAUGGGGGAAAAUGAAGAUGAGAAACAGAGCCAGGCCGGCCAGAUUUUUGAGAACUUUGUCCAAGCAUCCACAUGUAAAGGCACACUGCAGGCCUUCAACAUCCUUAUUCGGCACCUGCAGCUCGACCCCUCGGACCACAGGAACUUCUAUUCCAAACUGAAGACUAAGGUGACCACCUGGAAAGCCAAGGCCCUUUGGAACAAACUAGACAAGCGAGGAACCCACAAAGAGUAUAAGCGAGGGAAAUCUUGCAUGAACACCCGGUGUCUGGUGGUUGGAGGAGGACCCUGCGGCUUGCGUACUGCCAUUGAACUUGCCUAUCUGGGAGCCAAAGUGGUUGUGGUGGAGAAAAGAGAUACGUUUUCCAGAAACAAUGUGUUGCACCUUUGGCCAUUCACCAUUCACGACCUGCGGGGUCUCGGUGCCAAAAAGUUCUAUGGGAAGUUCUGUGCGGGCUCCAUCGACCACAUCAGUAUUCGACAGCUCCAGCUCAUCUUGUUUAAGGUGGCACUGAUGUUGGGAGUGGAAAUCCACGUGAAUGUAGAAUUUGUGAAGGUCCUCGAACCUCCCGAAGAUCAGGAAAACCAAAAAAUAGGCUGGCGAGCAGAAAUUCUACCUGCAGAUCACCCCUUAUCUGAUUUUGAGUUUGAUGUCAUCAUUGGUGCUGAUGGUCGAAGGAACACUCUAGAAGGUUUCAGAAGGAAAGAAUUCCGUGGGAAGCUGGCUAUUGCAAUCACUGCCAACUUCAUAAACAGAAACACCACAGCUGAAGCCAAGGUAGAAGAAAUCAGUGGGGUGGCUUUCAUCUUCAACCAGAAGUUCUUUCAGGAUCUUAAAGAAGAAACAGGGAUCGACUUGGAGAACAUUGUCUACUACAAGGACAGUACUCACUACUUUGUGAUGACAGCGAAAAAGCAGAGUCUCCUCGAUAAGGGGGUCAUUGUGAAUGAUUAUGUUGACACAGAGCUCCUGCUUGGCCCGGAAAAUGUGAACCAAGACUGCCUGCUGUCCUAUGCGAGGGAAGCGGCCGACUUUGCCACCAAUUACCAGCUGCCUUCCCUGGACUUCGCCAUGAACCACUACGGCCAGCCUGACGUGGCGAUGUUUGAUUUCACCUCCAUGUAUGCUUCUGAGAACGCAGCCCUGGUCCGGGAGAGGCGAUCCCAUCAGCUCCUCGUGGCCUUGGUGGGAGACAGCUUACUAGAGCCUUUCUGGCCCAUGGGUACAGGAUGUGCUCGGGGUUUCCUGGCAGCCUUUGAUACAGCAUGGAUGGUGAAGAGUUGGGACCAAGGAAUCCCACCCCUUGAGAUCCUGGCUGAGCGGGAGAGUCUUUACCGACUGUUGCCUCAGACGACUCCAGAAAACAUCAGUAAGAAUUUUGAGCAGUACACUCUUGACCCUGGCACUCGGUACCCAAACCUCAACUCGAACUGUGUCCGGCCUCAUCAGGUAAAGCAUUUAUACAUUACUACGGAGUUACAUCAUUUGCCCCUUGAGAGAUUGGGCUCAAUAAGGAGAUCAGUCAGCCUUUCCCGGCGAGAAUCCGACAUUCGCCCCAACAAGCUUUUAACCUGGUGUCAGAAGCAGACCGAAGGCUACCAACAUGUCAACGUCACGGAUCUGACCACCUCCUGGAGAAGUGGUCUUGCCUUAUGUGCCCUUAUUCAUCGCUUCAGACCGGAACUCAUCAAUUUUGAUUCUUUGAAUGAAGAAGAUGCCAUUGGGAACAACCAACUGGCAUUCGACAUUGCAGAGCAGGAGUUUGGAAUCCCCCCCAUGACCACAGGCAAAGAGAUGGCAUCUGCCCAGGAGCCAGAUAAGCUCAGUCUGGUCAUGUACCUCUCUAAGUUCUAUGAGCUGUUUCGAGGGACACCCCUCAGAGCUGUUGAUUCUUUGGGUAAAAACUAUGGAGAAAAUGGUGACCUUAGCUUAGCCAAAUCAUCUAUUUUUAAUAACUAUCUCAACCUAACAUUCCCCAGGAAGCGGACACCACGGGUGGAGAACCACACGGAAGAAAAUGAUAUGAAUAAGCGAAGAAGAAAAGGCAUAGACAAUUUGGAAGAGUCAUCAAGCUUUUCUAGCCGCAGCACUGGCUCAUCUCGAGACUAUGGCAUCAGGAAGGAAGGCAUAAAUCAAAACAAAGUUAAGUCCAUGGCCAACCAGCUGCUAGCCAAAUUUGAAGAGAAUAAUCGGAAUCCUUCUCUCCUGAGACAGGCGCAAGCCCUUUCUGACCUAGGUAAGCCAGCCCUACAUUCUCCUGCUGGUCUUCCUGCUAACCCUCGCUUUGCUAAGCCAGAGGACUCUACACUCAGCCCAUCACCUCCUCUCAAAAGGCAGUUUCAGACACGAGCUAUGACUGAGCAGGUGCUCAGGGAGUCAAAGGCAGCUUCUGCUACGAGCGACGGUCUCACCAGGCCUUUGAGAGCCCGAGCCAAGUCGGACCUGCAGCCCUCCUACUCGGGAAACUUGGUUCCUCUGCCGUCCGCCUAUCCUGGAGCCUUUGCUCUCAUUGGCACUCUGAGGCGCUUGCAAUACGUGGAAGAAAAGAUCCACCAGAAGAGGGCUCAAAACUUAGCCAACAGGGAGUUUCACAAAAAGAAUAUUAAGGAGAAAGCUGCUCAUCUUGCCUCCAUGUUUGCAUGCGAGGACUUCCCCCAGAAUAAACUACUCACCAAAGGUCUUUCUCCCUCCCACCCUCUUCCUUCCUCUUGUCUUCCAUCUGGUGGCUCAACUGAUGCUUCCUCUUCCUUGUCUAUUGAUUCUUCUUCCUCUAACAGAAAGUCCUUUGUGCCAGGAGCUACUGGAAAGCCUAGCCCCACUCCAAAGAAGGAAUCUAAGCAAAAGUUAUUGCAGCCAGACCCAAGCCAGAUGACAGUAGGGAAAGUGUCUCGAGGAAUAGGGGCAGUGGCUGAAGUUCUGGUCAAUCUGUAUAUGAAUGAUCACAGACCCAAGACCCAGGCUGCUUCGCCAGAGCGGAGGACAGUAAUGGACCAAACAUCCCUCUCACCCAAUUCAUCUACUUCUCCACCUGAGGCUACUCCUGGCUGGAAUCACCAGGGAUCUUUGAGAAGAGAAUUCCCCCAGAACCUGGGAGGAAGCGACAUCUGUUACUUCUGUAAGAGGCGCGUGUACGUGAUGGAGCGCCUCAGUGCCGAGGGCCACUUCUUUCACCGGGAGUGCUUCAGAUGUGAGAUCUGCUCCACCACGCUUCGCCUGGCUGUCUAUGCCUUUGAUGCAGAUGAAGGCAAAUUUUACUGCAAAGCUCAUUUCAUUCACUGUAGAACCAAUAGCAAACAAAGGAAGAGACGAGCAGAAUUGAAGAGACAAGAGGAGGAAGCAAAGGAGAAACAGCAGGAAGCCAAGUGGCCAGACCCUUCCCCUGAAAUUCUUGGUCCUGCUGUCAACAGCCGAGAAGCCAGCCCGCCAGUUCUUUACAACAUUCCAGUGUUACCACCUAUCCUUGGCUGACACCUUUCUGCUCCGAGGUGACUGGUCUUCUUGCCAAUUGUGAGCACCCACUAUUAACCCCAAAUAUGCUUCAAGUGCAGCUUUGUCCCUCCUUCCUUUCCCCAACAAGAGAUUGGAACAGAGUAGAAGCCUCGUAUUGUGAUAAAUGGAUGCUGGGGGGGGGGGGGUGGUGGCCAAUUAAUAGCAUGCUACGGGGUAGGAUUCAAAACCAGUUGCUUGUUUUGGAACAAUGCUUGUCUUCCCUAACCCCUCUGGCACCGCACGUCAAUGUUUUUGCAUGUUAUCCCAAUCCAGCUAGCCAUGUUCUAAUACCCCAUCCAACCUGCCUUCCUUGAAGGUACUAACUCUGCCUGCGAGAGACAGGGCCAGAGCGAGUUCUCUGUCAUUGUUCAGAAAAGUCUAGCUUUUUGAGAAGCCUCUAGACAACUGUAGAAUCAUUUUUUCCCAACUGAAAACUGGCUUUUAGUGUCCUUUACCAAAAGCUAGGUGACUUUAAUGUAGCUAUGUUAUGUAUAUAUGCCAGCCAAAAAGCACUCUGUAACAUGAACUUUUGUUAAAAUAAUUGCAGUUCCAUUUUAGCCAUCUUCCUAAGCCACGAAAGAGACCUUGGGGACAUUGUGUACUUCCUUCAUGGACAGAAGGCUUUGCUGUGGAAGUAGUUUUCCACCAUAGCUCAGAAAGACUAAGGUAGCUCAGGAAGCUUAGUCAGAGCAAUAGAACUUAAAGGCCAAUGGAAUGCUGUCAAGGACACAGUUGGGCCACAUCUGGCAGCAGCUGGGCUAAAAAGCCUGGAAGCUCCUCUAUAUCCUUACAAAAGAUCAUUUCACUGCCAGUAUAUUUAUUUGUGGCAGCAGAGCAACCUAUGUGAAUAUGCUCUUUUUUUAAAUGAAUUGGGCUAUUCUUUUAAAGACAGAGAGCCAGGAUUUCUUCAGCCCUGCUUUGUAUGAAUACCUGUCCCUGCCUGUCCAUCUUGGGAAGUACAUCAUUCUUUCCAAGUUCUUUGAAGACAUGCAUGUUGGCCCUGAUGGGCUUUGGACCUGGUUCCGCCUUUUCAAACUGUCAGCUGGUGCUACCUUCCUCUCGUUUAUCUUCCGUUGCAGAGUCUUCUUCUCUCUAAAGAAUGCCAACCAAAGAUUCUGUCCUCCUCAUCUGCAACCUUUCUAGCUUCCCAACUCUCCUGUGACACAUUUUAUGACCUUUGGUGACUUUGAGACAUGUUCUGUAUUUAACUGUUCACACAGAACCCUGUAUUUUGCACACCCUAAACGUUGUUUAGCUUUAUUUAUGGUAUUUGAUGCUGUAAAUGAAAAUAAAUGUGGUUCUUUGUAAA